AUGGGUUGUAGUGUUACCAAAAAUAAGAAGUAGCAAAAGGAUCUUGAUUAUUUCAACAACAUAAUCAAUCAAAACUUAUCAGAUCAACCAAAAUUUUCAGAAAAAAACAAAAACAAAGCAUUUUAAAUUCCAAAGAAUCCAAUAUUUCAAAGGAGACUAUCAUAAAAAAAGGAGAAUUCUUUUACCAAUUAAACUUACUCCUAUUUAGAAAGAAACAAUUAGACUUCUAAGAAUUGUGAAUAUUUAUGA